AUGUCAGAGACGAGUCCUCAGUAUACGGUGAUGGCUCGUGCGAGACGUGUCCUGGGAAGGAUGAAGCUCCUUAUUCUUUGCAUGAUGAUCCAUGGCUUGUUUGCGGAGGGCCCGGGGCAAGUUUUGUCAAUCGAUCGGUGGAAGGAGCAAGUUGUUGCGCCGGAAUUCGUACUGGACGAUAGCGAGGAUAUCUCGAGUCGAAACGCAUUCUUCUACGAGGAUAAGCGCAGUUUUCAUCCCGAGCAAGUUAAGCGUAUCGCCGGCACCGAGGACAUCGACCUGCAGCCGCGUCUUCUAACGAGAUCUCUGCAAUGCACUUGCGAGACGCAAUUCGAAAUAAGAGACCUCGGCGAGGGACAUUAUCCGAGAUACCUAACCGCAUCGCACUGCAAGCCGAAAGCCUGCCAGAGCAAGUUCAAUUCCUGUCGACUGCUGCACUACAUGGUUCACGUGUUGAGUCAACGCGAUUUAAGCGGAUUAAGCGAUGAUCGUUAUUCGGACGAUAGCACAUUUCCGGAAACCCCACUUCCGGACUCCCUUCGUCACAAGUGGCAGAUGAAGCCGAUGAAGAUACCCGUCGCGUGUGUGCCGGCGGCGGGAUAAGAAAAACUAAUACGUGUCCACCCCGAAAGUGUCAGACCGAUCGAGAAGAUAGAAUUUAGCAACUUCCGUCGUGUUUUAGACCGAUAUUUGACGACUAAAUGCGUGCAGCAUAUUAAAUUUUACGUUUCCGCUUGCAGUACAUACAUACGACAAAUAUAAAAUAUAAAAUCAAUGAAUAAAUAAUUAGGUCGUGAAUUCCAAUUGUAUAAUUUUUACCUCUCAUUAAUCCGUCAAAAUAUU